UUAAAUCCACACAGGAGUUUAUUACCAGCUGGGACCCCAGCGAGCAUCGGACCCGAGCCCUGACUGGGGGGAGAUUAACAUAUUUCAUACACCUUUGAGGCCAGCAGUUUCUAGGCCCCCCUGUGGGAUAGAACUAACAAAGCAAGCCAAAGAAUCCUGUGUUCUAUGAGGAUGUGGCUGUGAACUUCACCCUGGAAGAGUGGGCUUUGUUGAAUCCUUCCCAGAAGACUCUCUACAGAGAUGUGAUGCUGGAAGUCUUCAAGAACCUGGCUUCUAUAGGAAACAAAUGGGAAGAUCAGAACAUUGAAGAUCAGAACAAAAGGGCUUUGAGAAAUCUAAGGCACAUCAUACCUCACUCUGAACACAAAGUAUACAAAAGUGAUGAAUAUGGAAAAAAGCCUUAUGAAUUUAAAAAACAUGGGAAAUCUCUCAUUUCUCUCACAAGUGUUCAGCAACCCAUAGUAAUUCACACUGGAAAGCAACAUAAAAGUAUGUGUAGGGAAGCCUUAACUUAUUCCAGUUCUGUUCAAAGAUAUGGAAAAUUUCAUACUCGGAAGAAGCUCUAUGAAUGUAGCCAAUGUGAUAAGUCCUUCUCUAGUAACUCAGGAUUUCAAAGACACAUGAUAAAACACACUGGAAAUGGACGUUUUAAAUGUAAGGUAUGUGGGAAACCCUUUUUUUUCCCCUUUUCACUCAUAAGACAUGAAAAAGCUCAUACUGGGGAGAAACUCUAUGAAUGUAAACAGUGUGGGAAAGGCUUUAUUUCUUUCACAGCUUUCAAAGUACACAUGGUAACACAUACUGGAAAGGCACCUUUUCAGUGUAAGUUAUGUGAGAAAGUCUUUUUGUACCCUAGUUUAUUUAGAAUACAUGAGAGGAUUCAUACUGGAGAGAAGCCAUAUGAAUGUAAAUACUGUGGUAAGUUGUUUAGUGGUUCACAUUACCUUUCUAUACAUGAAAAACGUCAUACUGGAGAAAAGCCCUUUGAUUGUAAACUAUGUGGUAAGGCCUUUCAUUCUGGCACACAAUUUAAAAGACACAGGAUAACACACACUAGAAAUGAACCUAUUACGUGUAAGAUAUGUGGGAGAGUCUUUGAUUUUCCCUCUUUAUUAAGAAGACAUGAAAGAAUUCACACUGGAGAGAAGCCCUAUGAAUGUACACAAUGUGGGAAAACCUUCAGUGUUUCUAGUUCCUUUCAUUGUCAUAAACGAUCUCAUACGGAGGAGAAGCCCCAUGAAUGUAAACAAUGUGGGAGAUGCUUCAGAUGUCUCUCAACACUUCAAGAGCAUGAAAGAACACAUACUGGAGAAAAGCCCUAUGAAUGUGACCAGUGUGGUAAAGCCUUCAGUCAUCGAAGUUCCUUUAGAAGACAUCGCAAAACUCAUAGUGGGCAAAAACCUUACGAAUGCAAACGAUGUGGUAAAGCUUUCACAUGUAUCAGUUCCAUUCGAAGACAUGAAAAGAUUCAUAGUGGAGAGAAGCCAUAUGAAUGCCAACAGUGUGGUAAAGUUUUCUCCACAUCCUCCAACCGUAGAAAACAUGAAAGAAUUCAUACUACAGAGUAUUAAUGGAAGCAGUAGGGGUAAAGCCUUUUAUUACAAUUCCCUUCAUCAACAUGAAAAACUUAAUGGCUUGUGUCUAGAUGUACCCCCAAAGCUUCAUGCAGUCAUGGGGCUUUUCAGAGGUGGCUGGAUCUAGAGGGUGUGGUGCUGGGAUCAAGGGUAUCUGAUUACUAAAUCAGUCUACUGAUUGGUUUGGUAUAGUUCUGGCCAGAAUUAAGGGUGUGAGUGCUACUAUACCUGCUCUAGGGUGGGUAGCCUACAUAAAUAUAAGGGACAAAAAGGGCUAAUGUGCUCUCAACCUGCCUGUUUGCUGUGGACGGUUUCUCCUCUGAAAUGCCUUUCUGCCAUGCCACCCUGCCAUGGAGCUGGCCGACUGGACUGAAACCUCUAUAAACUAUAAGCCAAAAAAACCUUUCCUCCUUUAACUUUGGGUGUUGGGUAUUUUGUCCCAGCAAGGAGAAAAGUAAGACAUUUAUAAUGGUGAAAAUCAUGUUGAAUGCAAAGAUUGUGAUAAAUUCAUUUUUUCUAGUCACAUUCAAAAGCACGAAUGCAUUGACACUGGAAAAAAGUUGAAUGUAAAAGCUAUGGUAAUCAUUCCAUUUUCUCAGUUUCCUUCAAAGCUGGUUGUACUCACCUUGGAAAUAAAAGCCUCUGGGUGUGUGACAUUUCA